AUGUCUUCCUCAAUCCUUUCACCUGCAACUUUAAAUGAUUUCGGAAAAGAGCAUGUCACGAAAGGGCUUGCAAGGAUCAGUGAUGGGAUUAUGGUCAAAGGGAAAGGCUCUUAUGUAGAGUACCUGGAUGGAAAGAAAAUGCUGGAUUUCACCUGUGGAAUCGGUGUAACAAAUCUGGGUCACUCUCAUCCAAAAGUAAGCAGGGCCGCUGCAGAUCAAUGUAUGAACAUUGUACACGCCCAGUGUAGCAUUGCAUUCCACGAGCCGUACCUCCGCCUCAUCGAAAGACUUCUUCCAGUGAUGCCUCAUCCCUCCUUGGACUCGUUCUUUUUCUGGAACUCGGGGUCGGAAGCGGUAGAAGGCGCAAUCAAAAUGGCUAGGGCUUUGACCGGACGACAGAACAUUGUUACCAUGCAGGGUGCAUACCACGGUCGUACUUUCGGUGCUAUGGCCGUCACUAAAAGCAAGACUGUUUAUUCUGAUAGUGUAGCUCCUCUGAUGCCUGGGGUUUUCUCGAUGCCGUAUCCGUUCUGGCACCAGCAUCGUCUUCCACCAUCCACUCCACCCUCAGUCUUGACGGAACAAUGUCUAUACCAACUUCACCUUCUUCUCUCACAACAGACUUCACCAAAGGAUACAGCGGCAAUCAUCAUCGAGCCUGUUCUCGGUGAGGGUGGAUAUGUUCCCGCUCCAAAGGAAUUUUUAGCGGGCUUGCGAGCAGUUUGUGACCAACAUGGAAUUUUGUUGAUCGUGGACGAGGUUCAAUCCGGCUUCGGAAGGACUGGUAAAUGGUUUUUCAUCGAGGAGAGCGAGGUCAAACCUGACAUUCUACUGAUGGCAAAGGGCUUAGCAAAUGGAUUUCCUCUGAGUGGUAUAGUCAGUCGUAAAGAGUUGACUGACAAACUCGCGCCUGGUUCAAUGGGAGGUACCUACGCCGGAAAUGCUGUAUCUUGCGCGGCUGCUUGUGCAGUCGCUGAUGCCUUCCAUGAAGAAAAUAUCAUGGCCAACGUUCAAGCUCGCUCUCAAGAGCUCUUUGCCUCCCUCAACGCGCUCAGAGACGACCAAACACUAGCUCAGCAUAUCCUUGAUGUUCGAGGUCGCGGUCUUAUGGUCGCUAUGGAAUUUGCUUCCUCAGAAGGUCCUGGUGCUGCUUUUGACCCUGCGACUCCGAAGGGUCUUACGGUCAAGAAAGGUAUCGCAAGUCGAGUAACAAAGAAAUGUAUCGAAAAGGGUAUGCUUCUAUUGACAACGAGCGUGUAUGAGGUGGUGAGGUUCAUUCCACCGCUGAAUAUCUCACGGGAGGAUAUGAAGAAGGGAUGUGAUAUUUUUGCGGAAAGUCUAAGGGAAGUUGUGAGGGAAGGUUAA